AUGCCUUCUUCGAUAUUCUCUCGGCUACGACAGCUGUAUACACUUGACACCCUCGAUACCAGAUUAACCGUUCCCGCCACGACUCCGCUGAAGGCGGCCGCUGACACGCGACCUGCGACUGCCAAAGAUGCCCGUGCCCAGGCCAUCGCCAACGGUGCUGAACCGUCGAAAUGGCGCACACCCGAGUUCUACGUCUAUUAUUUGGUCUUCCUGGUCGCUGUGCCGUUGAUGUUUAAGGCGGCCAUUGAGGUGUCUCAGGAAAGUCAUCCGAGUUAUUCGACCUACGCCGACUUGUUGUCCCCUGGCUGGGUGCCGGGUCGGAAAGUGGACAAUUCGGACGCCCAAUACUCUACCUUUCGUGACAACAUACCCUAUCUUCUCGUGCUGCUGGUCGCCCAUCCACUGCUUCGUCGCGUACAUGAGAAGUUCACCAGCUCGUCCGGCGCCGAAUCGACACUGAGACCGAAUGUAGCUGCGGCUGGAGAAGCCCGGCUCAAUCAGCGGAUCCGAUUCGACUUUGGCUUUGCCUUCAUCUUCAUAACCGCUCUUCAUGGCGUGUCUGCGAUCAAGGUACUCGCAAUUCUGUAUAUCAAUUAUAAAAUUGCCAAAACGCUCCCGCGGAAGUAUAUACCUGCAGCUACGUGGGUGUUCAACAUCAGCACGCUAUUUGCCAACGAGUUGUGUGCCGGCUAUCUCUUCGAGCGCAUCGCUGCUUUGUUAGUGGCCCCUGCAGAUGGCACAGGUCAAGAGGCUCCGUUGGUGUCAUGGGGUCGGUAUAUUGAUGGAUUUGGAGGGCUGAUUCCCCGAUGGGAGAUUCUCUUCAACAUCACGGUCCUACGGUUUAUCAGCUUCAACAUGGAUUACUACUGGAGCCUAGAUUAUCCCGCUGCCAGCCCCGUUGAAAAGCAGCUCGAUCCUGCAUCACUCUCGGAGCGUGAUCGUGUCAGCAUUCCGGCUGAGCCGUCGGCGUUCAAUGGCCGCAAUUACGUCGCCUACAUCCUCUAUGCGCCGUUAUAUCUGACCGGUCCCAUCUUGACCUUCAACGACUAUAUCUCUCAACAGAGAUUUCCUCCCCCUUCAAUCACCCGUACCCGCACCAUCCUCUACGGGACCCGCUUCUUCCUCACCCUGCUCUCAAUGGAGUUGGUCCUUCAUUAUACCUACGUCGUGGCCAUCUCCAAAGCCUCUCCCAACUGGUCCCUCUAUUCACCCUUCCAACUCAGCAUGCUAGGCUACUUCAACCUGCACGUCAUCUGGCUCAAACUCCUAAUACCAUGGCGCCUGUUCCGCCUCUGGGCCCUGAUCGACGGUAUCGACCCACCCGAGAACAUGGUCCGCUGCGUAUCCAACAACUACUCCGCGUUCGCCUUCUGGCGCGGCUGGCACCGCUCCUUCAACCGCUGGGUCGUGCGCUACGUCUACGUCCCACUCGGCGGCGGCCGCGGAGGGUCCAACAACAACAGUAAACCUACUUCGACCCUGUUCAUCCGAGCCCGCCAUAUCUUCAACUUCCUCAUGGUCUUCACCUUCGUCGCCCUCUGGCACGACAUCAACCUCCGUCUCCUCAUAUGGGGCUGGCUCAUCACGCUCUUCGUCCUACCUGAAAUCAUCGGCACUUUGCUCUUCCCUGCCUCGCGCUGGCGGUCCCGUCCGACUGCUUACCGCGUCAUCUGCGGCGUCGGCGCCGUCGGCAACAUUCUGAUGAUGAUGAUCGCGAACUUGGUGGGUUUCGCGCUGGGGUUGGACGGCCUUCGCGGUCUGUUGACCGAGAUGUUGGGUUCGUAUUCCGGGAUCGUUUAUCUGGUCGUUGCUUGUGCGGCGCUUUUCGUGGGCGUGCAGGUCAUGUUUGAGAUUCGGCAGGAAGAGGCCCGUGCGGGGAUUCAUUUGAAGUUUUGA